AUGACGAAAUAUCAGCUCUCUUUGCACGCUGACAGACUGAGAAAAGGAUUUCUCUGGCGAAGGCCAAUGGCGUAUGCUGUCGUUAUGGUGGAGAAUGAGUCGAAGACUCUGGGGAAAACAGAAGUGGCUCAACCUGGCACCAGAGCGGAAUGGCGCAAACCUAUGACACUGGAGUUCAGCAGUGAUAUGCAUGUUCCCUUUACAGUCGCCCUUCAUGAUUCACGAAAUGACGACCGACUAAUGGCCAAGGCCGACUUUGAGGCGUCUGAGGUCUUCAAUUCACGUGGUCACAUGCAAAUGAAAGAGGAUAGGAACGGAACCCAAAUCUAUGCGGAUCUCCAUGAGGCAAUCCAAGGCCCGCACCAAGGUUACAUUAGGCUGCAGCUGAGAGGAUUGGAUAUCAAGAAUGUUGAACCAGGGUUGCUGGGGUUAGGAAGGAGUGAUCCGUUCUUUGAGAUAUCAAAGAAGAACUCUGAUCACGCUGCCGGAAUUGUGAGAUGGAACUCUGUGUAUCGCUCAGAAGAGAUAUGCGACCAUCUAAAUCCCUUCUGGGAGCCAUUUUCUAUAGGUUUGGAAGAGUUGUGCUAUUGCAACCUCGACUGGCCCCUCAAAAUUGCAGUCUGGGACUAUGAAAAUGACGGGGAUCACCGUGUGAUUGGUGAGGUUGAGGUGACAGCCCAAAAGUUGAUUGAUGAGGUCGCAGUCAAGGGAAACGCAGACCGAGAACGUGCUUUUGAUCUAAUCAGGGACGGCGACAAGACUAAACUGAAAGGAGUGUUAUGUGUGCUGACAGCAGACCUGACACUGGAGAAUGAAGCAAUGGCGGCAUAG